AUGUCGUACGUUGUAACAGGUGCAACUGGUCAAGUCGGAUCUGCGGUGAUCAAUUAUUUUCUCAAUCAAUCGCUUCCUGUUCGUGCUGUCAUUCGCUCUGAAAAUAAAGCAGAAUUUUUUCGAUCGCGACAUUUCGAAGUAGCCAUUGCCGACUUUAUCGACAGCAAGGCGUUGACCAAAGCGUUUCAAGGAGCAAAAGUAGUUUUUGCUAUGAAUCCUCCUGCUCUUACUGAUCCGGAUUUACCGGCUGCUGCAGUUAAGGUUAGUAAUGCCCUGGCAUCGGCUAUCAAAGCAGCUAAAAUGGAACGUGUAGUCGUUUUGAGUUCUAUAGGCGCCGAAAAAAGUUCGAAAACAGGAAAUAUUCUAACAGCUCAUACGCUAGAACAAGUGUUGAAGGGAACUGCUCCUCAAACAGUGAUGGGUCUUGGUUCAAUGUUCCAAAACUUAGACCGGAAACUCCCCCAUAUCGCUACCAACGAUAUUGGUCGUGUUAUUGCUGAAUAUAUGACCAAACUCAAUAAUGAAGCUGAUAAAUUGGUCAUAAUUGAACUCGAAGGACCUGAAGAUUAUAGUCCAAAUGAUGUGGCCAAGAUAGUAAGUGAUGCAUUAGGGAAGACUGUUGCAGCUGUUGCUAUGACCGAAGAGAUGAUCCGUGGUCUCUUUAACAAAUUAGGCUUCCCGAAAACAACAGUAGAUAAUUAUAUCGAAAUGCUCCAAGGAUUUGACAAUGAUAUCAUUCGUUGGACAACAAAUGAAACCGUCAUUCGAAUCAAAGGAAAACUCACUUUCGCUGACAUUCUUAAUAAAAAUUAA